AUGCAAACCACUAUCCGUUGUGUUUUCUUGGUGGUUUUUACUUUGAUGAUAUCUGUGUCAGCAAUUCCGGUAUCUGGUGGUGAUGUCCACAAUGCAUUCGUUGCGGAUGAUAGUCCGGAGUCCGAUGGAUUUGCUGAAGAUGGCGUAGGCUGGUUCGUUGCUAUUCCAGCUCUAAUGGAACUUGAGCCUGAGGAUUGGCAAUGA